CUGCAGAUGACCCCUCUUAAGUCAAGUGAUGAAUUUCACGAAGGACGACUGGCCGUCCUGCGCAAAAGGCCUGGACGCGAAUAUGGCACCCUUCGUCGAAAAGAAAUUGGAGCUGUCUUUGGCUCACGGGUUGUUGUACUGGGGCCGUCGAGUAGUCGUUCCGAUGAAGGCGCAACGUCACGUCUUACACCUUCUGCAUGAGCCACACCAGGGAUCUUCUGCCAUGAAAUCGGUCGCUAGAUCGUCAUUUUGGUGGCCAGGCUUACAUGGCGAUAUAGAGCGGGUUACCGCAUCAUGUCACACCUGUGUUCAAAACAUGCCCAUGACAACGUCAGCUAUUCCGAUCAGCUGGCCCCCUACCACAGAAAAGUGGUCACGAGUGCAUAUUGAUUCUGCUGGUCCGCAUGCAAGGAGCAUGAUUCUAGUGGUCGUGGACGCUCACAGUAAGUGGAUCGAAGCGGUGCCCAUGAGAAAAGCCAACGCUGCGUGCACAGUCAGCGGCUUGCGUGCUAUCUUCUGCCGAUUUGGCGUGCCACGAAUCAUCGUUUCUCAUAACGGAGUGCAGUUUACCAGUGACACGUUCUUAACUUUUGUCAAGAUGAACAAUAUAACGCACCUGCGCACAGCCCUUUAUCACCCACUAUCGAACGGUCUGGCAGAAAGGGCAGUCAGGACCAGUAAGGAUGGCCUCAAGAAGUUAAAUGAGGGACGGUUGGAAGAUAACCUAAACAAGCUGCUUUUCAAUUACAGAAGGACGCCGAACAGCUCUGGGAAAUCGCCGUCAGAACUUCUCUUCGGAUAUCAAAUACGAUCCCGCCUGAAUGCAUGUUUUUCUCCUUCAUGCGCAGGUUCGUCUGAUGACGCGGAUGAGGGGCCACCGCCAUCACCGGGCGCAGCUGUGUACGCUCGGAACUUCAGAACGGGUGAAAGAUGGACGCCAAGAACUGUUGAGUCUACUGCAGGGUCUCGGAUGGUUGGAGUACGAACGCCGGCCGGAGUUUUAAGACGACUUGUUGACCAGUUGCGAAAGCGGCAAUGCUCGACACCCACGAUCGACUCGGAUCAAGAACCGGAGAGGCAAGCAUCACAAUCUGGCACUACUAGCCACCAUGAACAGUCGCCGAUGCCGUCAACUGAACACAGGGGCACUGCAGCAGCUGAUCCCGAAGUUCACCCGGGAGCCACAUCUAGUAACGCUGCCACGGCCGUGCCCGACCAACCAGCCCAAGUCUUGCGGCGCUCUACUCGUCAACGAAAACCAGUGCAGCGACUUCAGUAUUAAGGGAAGAUAGAUGUUGUAAAGUGACGUCAGUUCCUAUGAAACUGCUCUGCACGUGCUGGUGGCGCAUGCGCCUUUCGUUUGCUCUCUCUCUCUCCCCUUCCCCCUUCAGUUGCUUUAUAUACACUUCCAAGUAGCAGGAAUAAACGAUUACGU